CAAUAAUAAACUUAAUUUCGGCCCAAUAGUAAAAGGUUCUUCGAGCAAACAGAUUCGCAAAUAGAACCACCUCUUCAAUUUUGAAUUUACAGAUCCUUCUUUAGGAACCCUAGAAUCCUUCGGCGAACUAACUCUGUGUACGCGAUUUCUUUUGGAUCAAGCGACAAUGGAUCUUCCGCGAGACGUCGACGACUACAUCAAGGACACGAUCGACCACUCUCUGGGGAUCCCAAUCUCCAUAGACGCUCUCCAGAACAAACUCUCCGCGGCUCAAGAGUCUCAGCGUCGUCUUCGCGAACAGUACAUGUCUCUAGUCUCCAGGUUGAAAGAGAAAGAACAAAUGAUCGAACUCGCGAGAUCGGAAGCGAGCAUCAACGCUCAGGCCGUUAAGAAAUUCGUCGAAGAGAAUCGGAAACUGAGCGGCGAGUGCGAGGAUUUGGUGAAGCAGUGUAAGAAAUGGGAAAGAGAGUGCUUUCUUUACCAUCAAGACCGUGAAGCCUUGAUGGAUUUCGGGAACGAGUCCGACGAGAGGGCGAGAGAAAGUGAAUCUAGGGUUCGGGAAUUAGAGGAACAAGUGAGAACGAUGUCUGAUGUAAUGAAGAAGCGUAAAGUGGAAUCCGACAAGAAGUUAACGUCGUUAGAAGAAGAAGAAUGUUUGGUUGAUUCAGUUUUGUCAUCGUUUGUUAGCGAAGACGAGAUUAAGUUUGGGCGCGUGUUCCUGGAGGCGAACAUUAAAGACCGGUCUUUGUUGAGCAGAUGGGAGGAGUUGAAGCCGUCGACGCGAAAGGCUGUGUCUUUGGUUGCGAUGGUGAAGAGGAUUGAAAAGGAGAAAGAGUGCCUCAUCUUGAAUCUCGCUAAAGCCGAACAGGAAGUUGAGAUUGUGUGCGAGCAAAACAGAGAGCUAGAUGAAAAGAACCGCAAGCUGUUGAAGCAAUUUAGUAGUAGUAGCUAUCUACAGUGUUCUGCAGAGAGAAGCAAGUCCAAGAAGAGAAAGAGUCCUAAGAUGAUGAGCAGCAGCAGCCCAGGAUCUAUCAACGAUAUUUAAGGUAGUGUAGUGAAUGAUACAUUUUGCAAUGUAUUUAUUUGAACCUGAUUUGAUAUAUAACUUUGGAGAUCGCUGAAGAAUUGAAGUUAAUUGUUUAGAGAAAACAGGAAUGGAAUGUUUUGAGGGACAACCUCUGACUACUAGCAAUAUGUAUAAGAGAUGAAACUCGCUUUGGAAACACUGAACAUACAAUUUUAUAUGUUACCAAAACGUUCGUGCUCUAACACGACUAGUCAAAUGGAUUGGGAAAUGUAUUUUUUUAAUAUAUUGGCUUUUAAGUAAACAUGUCCUAGUUACAUCCACGAUCCAUAUGGUACAUUCAGAGUUUAAUGAACAACAAGAUUUUAGUAAGAAUAUGUUUCAUUCAAAUAAAUUUCUAAUCUCCUCUUCUUUUUUCAAGAACAAUCUCGUUUGCCUUCAAAAUAGUUUUUGAAAAGAAGCAUUAGAAGGAUUUGAAGUGUGGGCUUUGGUUUCUCUUUUUCACAAAAUGGCUUUUAUCUUUUUGUAUGUACACUGACCAAGCAUA